AUGAUAGGCCAAGCCUUAGCUCGACGAGGGUUCCAGCCUUGGGCGCUAUCCACGCGCCGUGUGCCAGUUCGUGCUCUUCAUGGAAGUAGUCCGUCGCUCCAUCGUGUUGUCGUAUCAGGUAUUCAGCCAACGGGUGUACCUCAUCUGGGCAACUAUUUGGGCGCCCUUCGCAGUUGGGUUGACCUGCAGAAUCAGGCUGAAAAGGAUGACCAGUUUUUCUUCUUUAUUGCGAGUCUCCAUGCCGUUACUGUCCCACAGAAACCUGCACAGCUCUAUACGGAUCGACGUAAUCUGUUGGCUGCACUAAUUGCUAUCGGACUUGAUCCUCACCGCUGCACUGUAUUCCUUCAGGACCAGGUCCCCGAGCAUACAGAGCUUGGAUGGUACUUUAUGUGUAUUGCUCCCUUUGGACGGUUGGAACGCAUGACAACAUGGAAGUCGAAAAUCGCUACGCUGCACCAUGCUGGCUCGAUGGAAGCCGUGAAUGAAUCACAGCUUCAAUUGGGUCUUUUCUCGUACCCUGUACUUCAGGCAGCGGAUAUCCUGAUGUACAACGCCACGCAUGUGCCUGUAGGCGAAGACCAAACACAGCACUUGGAGUUGACGCGUGAUCUCGCGCAUCAAUUCAAUCGUCUAGUAAAGAAAAAGUGCUUCCGGCUGCCCGAGCAGAUGUUCACCGAGUUCAAACGUAUUCUCUCAUUGCGUCAACCGGAUCAAAAAAUGUCCAAGUCAGCACCCGAUGCAAAUUCACGUAUUCUGCUGACGGACACACCGGAACAGAUCCGUGCCAAAAUUAAAAAAGCUGUGACGGACAGUGACCCUUCUCUAGGUUUUGAUCCUAUGCAUCGACCUGCUGUAAGCAAUUUGCUUCAAAUUCUCGCUGGUUUGCGGGGUAACACGCUGAAGAAGGAUCUCUUAGAGGGUGAAGAUGAAGCGCAGCUGCAAAACCCGGCAUUUGUGGCCGAGGUGCUCAAUCGUCUGAAAGGUGGAUCUGGUGCUGCGUUAAAAGCAGCCCUGAUCGAUAGUAUCAUUGAAGAACUCCGGCCUAUCCAGAUGGAGUACAGCCGACUGGUUACAGAGGAUGGCUAUCUGGAUAGCAUCGAAGCAUUGGGCCGUGAUAAAGCUCGUGAACAUGCGCAAAAGACACUUCAGCGUGUGAGAUCGUUGCUAGGCUAUGAACCCCAACGAAAGUAG